AUGCCAGCGGCUCGGAUGAUAUACCCCCGUACUAACACCCGCAGCACUAACUCCCCCCUCUCCCAACUCACAUACUGCCUGCGGCCUGAUACUGCCCAGCCCACCCGCGCGGGAAACCCCGUGACUGCCACGGUACGGCCCACGCUUGACCGGACCGGGUCUAGUGCCACGCCGCCUCACGGGCACAGUUCAGCACUGCGCACAUUGCAGCAUGGCUGA